UCGUUUUCUCACUUCUAUCCAAUCUUGCAUGUGCAGAUCUAGAAAGCCACCUGUGUGGGGUUUCAGUGCAGAUUGGAAAAGCCAUCCAGGUGCUUAUAAGCCCCUGUCUCGUGCUCAAACACCAGAACUGAAAUUUUUGCUACUCACGAUCAUAGCAUAGAUUGCAUCGUGAUCUAAUCAUUGUCUUUGACACGAGCGGCCAUGCCACUAGUCUCCUUUUCUUCCCUUUUACGAUUCCACGAGCAAACAUCCUUGAUUGGAUAUCCGAGGAGUCGUUCAUAUUGUUCUUCAAAUGGGCUGAAAUAACAUCGGAUAUGGUUUCGGGGUCGCGAAUCAGCACAGUGCAUUUGAUAGGCUCGAUUGGGUCGGUGUCUUUGAAGUGUUUUGGCGAGUAUGUGACCUUGUACUGGGAAGGACAAAUAAAGGGGCUGAUGGCUUUUUGAAGUAGGCAACCCUAUAUACGAAUGUUGGCUCACAAAAACAAUAUAUAUCAUCGAACGUGACCUACAAAAUCCGGCGACAAGCAAGUGGGGAUUCAAUCAUUCUUUCUCGCGAUCUCUUGCCUUUCUCUACUAUUCGUCAUCAUUUUCAGUCAGUGAUACUUGUCCAUAUUGCUACGCAUUACUGACCUCCACCGCAGCCAUCUAUCAGUCUAGUUAUCCGCUCAUCCAUUAAAUCAACACACAGCAGUACAACAUCAACUUUUAACCUGAGCUACCUUCAAUCGAGAACAGCAAGAGACAAAAAAAUGCGAACAACCCGCUCCCGCGCCACCACUAUCCAGAUCCCAAGCACCCCCACACCACAGCUGGCGCGCUGCUCGUCCCCCAACACCCCGACGCUCAACCUACCCUCCAUAUCCGUCCAUCUCCCGGAAGCGCACCAGCCACUCCACCAGCCUCCAGAUUACUAUUACCUCUCCAAUCCCACCCAUACCACCACUGUCCUACUGGGACCCAGACACGCCAUCCCCCUCCACACCACCACAAUCUCUCUCCUCGUCGAAACGCUCACCCCGCACUUCCCCAUUCUCGCCGUUCUCACCGGGCUACGGUAUCCCGAACGUACUCGCGCAGAUACUGAGGACGCCAUGUCCCUCCCCUCCUUCACCACCUCCAACCACGAAACAAGCGCCUCUUUCCAUCUCGAAACCACGUCCCUUCAACACCGCAAACGACAUUACCACUGCUACAGCUAUCGCCGAUCAAGCCCCUAAGACAUCACAACACAAGAAAACAAUCGCAUCGCCGCUUCUCCCUCUUCCCUCCCCUUCCUCCCCGCUUUCCGCAGUCAGCAUGGCAUGGGACUGCAACGGCGCGGCGACUCCCGUGGCGUCGGUGUACUACUUCCCACAGACAGAAGGCAGUGCAACUAUUCUGAGUCCGCGGUUUUUGUUCCCUAGGAAAGCACCGUGUGUGCCUUCGUCUUCGUCUACCGAGUCUCGCUCAUC